AUGACGCAAGUAGGAAGUCUACAUAACAACAAUAAUCAUAAUCAUCAUCCCUUCUCGUUCAAUCCUCAUCAUCAUCAUAAUAAUAAAUUCGAUCAUGGCAACUCUAAAUCACUGUCACAAAUAUUCCACCUACAACUGCCUGAAUUGAUAACAUCAACACAACACAGCCGGUCACCUGCUUCAAGUGCAUGUCCAUCAGAUGAUUCUGGUAUCGAGAGAACACUGAAUUUAAGUCCAUCAUCUCCAUUUCCUGAGGACACAGAUUCAGAUGAUGCACAAUCUUUUGCAGGAUUUGAAGUUCGCCGUUCAAACAGUCAUUUACAGAUGCGUCAACAACCAUUGAAAGUUGGUACUUCUUAUCAUCAUCAAUUUGGCUGUGAUGUGGCUAGACUCUCUCCACCGGGGACUUGUGCAGCUGUUGUUGAAGACACCUGUUGUCCUUUAUUAGCAAGUCCUACAUUAUUAUUGAAACCUAAAGUUACAAAUAGUGGAAAUCGUUUUCAAAUAUUAUCCUAUGAACAAGUUACUAGAUUGCAUCAUGUCUUAUCGAAAACUAUACCAAUCCAUAGUAGACAUGCAGGAUUUCCAACGAUUAGAGUCAAGCUGAAUGAUUUGUUUGGUGCCGUGCGUGGAAAUCUCAAGGCAGCUGGAAUUCCUGUCCGAAAUAUGCGUCUCAAUGGUGGCGCAGCGUCAUACGUUAUCGGACGAGAAAACUAUCCUGCAUACAAUGAUAUCGACGUAUUGAUUUCUGUUGAUUUGACGUCAAACAGUUCAACGAUUCAAAAGGUCAAAUCAGCUGUAUUAAAUGCACUGAUAAGUUUCCUACCAGAUGAAAAGUUACAAGCUACUACUCAAGAGUCCAAUCAACUGUUCAACCGCAACAACAAAGAAGCCUAAAAUUUAACACAUUAACAGGUUCAUGUUGUAACCUUCAAUCUAACGAUGAUGAUACUGCAAACAUUAUUUCAGAAGAUCAUCAAAGUGUAUCAACCAAUUCUUCACCGAGUAAUUCUCCUGUUGUAAGAAUUAAGAGCCAUAUGAGCUCCACAGAACUGAGAAACAUUGAUACGACGAUGAUGAUAAAGCCAAGUUGUAAUUCCAGUACAAAAGAAUUCAAUGAUUUUG